ACCAAGGAGACGACCGUCUCCGGUUCGACCAAGUCGAAGAGAUCAAGAGCCUACAACGCCGCCUUCGCUCAAAUCCUUCGAGAUUGUGGAAUAUAUUCGAACGGCGACCCCUCUUUGCUGGCCAACCUGGAAGAACUGCGGGGAGAACGAGAUGUAAGGCCCUCGCUGGAACCGUCCGUAUACCCCGACAAACGGGUCCAGUACUAUAUAAACAAAAAUGCGAAGGCGCUCACGGAACUGGGUACCGAACGCGGGUUCGUGCCCGCCAUCCUUGGCGAGUGCGAGCUUCCAGAGGGUAGUAACAUCACUUGGAGCAACCUGAGCUCGAUGACCAAGGAUCAAACUGUUGCCCCACAGCCUGAUUUAUACUACGGAUUGCCAGUCGACGACAUCGACAUGUCGCUUAGGGAGAGAAUCGGUUCAUUGAUUAUCCCCUAUAUACGUGAUGGUGCACCGGGGGCACCGUAUCUGGUCUUCGAAACUAAAGGUCCUGAGGGGAGUUUCGAAGUGCUUAAGAGGCAAGCAACCUACGGUUCCGCAGCAGCCGCUCGUGCUCAGUUUGCUCUCGAAAACUUUGGGCUGGAUCAACCCGUUUACGACAACCGGGUCCUGGCCCACGCCUGGACCUUUUUUUCUUCACCCGGCGAUCUCACCCAUUAUGGGGUGCGCGUCAGCGCCCCAAGACCCGGUACUUCGCGGCCAGGGUACCAUAUGACCCAUAUCAAGAGAUACCGCCUAACCGAGAGCUAUGAGCAGUACCGCGCAGGUUUAACGGCCUUCAGGAACUGUAGGGACGAAGCGUAUAAGGCGGCCCAGGCGCGCCUGGACACGGCGCAUGAACGUCUACGACGCAUACUCUCCCCACAGGUUGAGACAUGUGUCCCGGCUGGAGCACUCCCACCACUCCCCGAAGCU